CUUGAAAUCGGCAAAUCAAGAAGGUUUUCGAUUGACCAAAUGUGUAAGAUGGCCGUGAAAAUUGUUAGUGACAUUUCUUUCACCUCAUGAUAUUUCGCAAAUUACCGUUUUUACCACUUUAUCAACUUGUUAAAUGAAAAGGAUUCUUUUGCAUUUUGGAGGCCCUACUUCUAGAUAAUUAGAUGAAUUAGACAGGAUUGUUUAUACUUUGCAAUUUCGAUUGUUAACAAUGCCGAGACGUGUUAACGAGAGCUCAGGAGACAACGAUUCUCCUAAAAAGAAGACUUGUGUCACUCCUGGAAUGUCGUCUUUUGACUUAAGACAUGGAGAAUACCUAAAAGAUAUUACUGGAAAACAGUGGAAAUUGGGAAAAGCUGUGGGUGUUGGGGGCUUUGGGCAAAUAUACCUCGCCUCUGAUGUUCUUACCAAGGAAGUUAAAACUGAUUGUGAAUAUGUGGCGAAGGUGGAAAGCCACAAAAACGGACCUCUUUUUGUUGAAGUGAAUUGUUAUUUAAGGAUAGCUAAAUCAGACAUGAUUGAAGAAUGGAAAAAACAAAAGAAGAUGAGUUCAUUUGGGAUGCCCCACUAUGUAGCAUCAGGUUCACAUAUUUAUAAAGGUGAAAAGUAUCGUUUUUUAAUUCUUCCAAAAUUUGACAAAGAUCUCGAAAAAGUUCUGCAAGAGAAAAAAAUCUUAAACCUCAAAACUGUACUCACAAUAUCACUACAAAUAAUUGACAUUUUGGAAUACAUUCACAGUAAAGGAUAUAUGCAUUCUGAUAUUAAGGCAUCUAAUAUUCUUUUAAGCAAUCAAAAUAAAUCCAAUCAAACUGUGCCUAAACGAAUGUCGUCAAGUGGCUGUACUUUUAGUAGCCGCAUCCGUGCAUGUCGGAAAAAACCGACCAGAAUCACAAGAAAUUUAAGACCAAAUGUGAAAGUCCCUUGCUAUUUAGAUGACAUACCAAAUUUUGAACAGAUAUUUUCCUCUAAUGCCUAUGAAAAACCUACAAGUGUUAAGGACCAGGUUUAUCUUCUUGAUUACGGUUUAGCUUCUAAAUUUUUAUCAUCAACCGGCGAACAUAAACCUUUUUGUGUUGAUGAACGCAGGGCUCACGCUGGCACAGUUUUAUUUUGUUCACGCGAUGCUCAUAAAGGGGUGCCUUCACGACGCUCAGAUUUGGAGUCUUUGGGUUACAACAUUAUUUACUGGUUGACUGGAAGUCUGCCAUGGGCAGGUGAUGUGGACAAUCCGGAAAUUGUAGCUAAGAAGAAACAGAGGGCGAUGGCCGAUGUGGAGUACUUCAUGAAGUACUGCUUCACUGAAUAUCCAAAAUUUCUGGAAGAAUAUUUUAAAUACAUUCAGAAACUGGAAUUUCAGGAAAAACCUAACUACAGCUACUGCAGAAAGCUGUUAAGGGAAAGUUUAAAAAUAAAUGGUUACAAAGACGAUUCACGCUUUGAUUUUGAUAAUGUACAAAGGAACAAAUUAAAGCCAACAAGAAUCAGAAAGAGGACUAACGAAAAUAUUACAGCACGAAAAUUUAUACACACAAUAUCACGCCUACCCCUACAAUCAAACAUCCCCAUUAAACCACUGCUGAGAAAAAAGAUAAAAAAUAAGAAACUCAAACCAAAAGUAAAUUGGUUUGAGGACCUCACUGACCCUGAAACAAUAUUGAAGCAAGGUCGAAAGAACUGUGAAAAUACUGAUGCAAACUUUGUUAGCAAUAUUGCAGAAUUAAAUAUAAAUGCAUUGAAUCCAACGUACGCUAUGAUUGAAGUUUAUAAUAGAUGUAGAGAGAGGAUAGAUGCAUCACCAACUUACAAGGGUGACAGUUGUACAGAAACCGUGAAUGGAUACACAUCUGCUAUGAUGUAUGUGUUAGAAAAAAUGAAGAAAAGGAAAGAGUUGGAAGAAAUGGCUGUGAACCUCAGUAGCACAAGAAGUGGUAGAAUUCUGAAAAGAAAUAUAAGUAAACGUAAUAAACAAUAUGAAUCUCCAGUCAAGCCGCCUCAAACAAGAAUCACGAAAACAGUUGCGAAGAAAGAUCAAGCACGCAAGGUGAAAAGUGGUCUGUUGAGGAGGACUUACAGUUUAAGAGGUUAAAUAAGUUUAAUUAAGCUUUUUACGUUUAUGUAUUAUUAACUGUUAAGACUGCUAAAUUGUGUGACUAGAAUAUUCUUAUCCUAUUGAAUUGUUUAUUUCAAAAGAUGUGUAGAAGAAAUUUUGAUUGUUUAUUGUAGUUAAAUUUCUUUAGUGAACUGUGACCAAUCGGUUUUGACGAAUAAAUUGCUUCACCACUACAAAACAAAAUAAAUAGAUUUGUUUUUAUUGGAAAAAUGAUGUUCUAUGCAAUGAAUAAAUUUUGUUAAGUAAUUUUCUCUUGUUAAUUUGGUUUUGUUUUUGACAGUUUUCUAUUAUAUUUGAGUUCGACCCUUGUAAGUAACUAUACUUAUUCUUGAUUACUUGAUUUAAAUCGUUUUAAUUCAUGCUAACUGUCAAAGCGCAAAUUAGUAUAAACAGUUUGGUGGUAAAUUUACUCUGUGAUUUUUUAAUUACUGUGAAAUAAAACAAUGAAAUAUG